AAUUUUCAUUAUUCAGAACAAGUUGAAUGUUCAUUCGGCUCGCCGUAUGUUGCUAUUCGCUGUGAUCCUGUGAUAUAAAAAAUUUUAUCUAAUUUUCACUUCGUUCUUGCGCAUUUUCAAGUAGUAUUCGAUCGACGAUUUUCAACUUAUACUUUAAUGAAUAACAUAAUCACAACGAUAGGUAAUUUUAAUUACUGACAAAAUGAGCAAUAUCGAAAAUCCGGACCAGUUUUUCGAAGGAGCCGAGAAAUUGUUGGAAAUUUGGUUCACCGGUACUACCGAAGGAAAUUGCGAUGGUGACCUCAGAAGGAUACCUAGGCAAAAGCUCGAGAGCAUGCUGAAAUUGGUGCAUUGCGAAGUAAUCAGCUUCAGCAGUAAUGAUCAUAUUGACGCUUAUGUGUUAAGUGAAAGUAGCAUGUUCGUGACACAAAGAAGGUUUAUAUUAAAAACCUGUGGCACUACAACCCCCUUGCAAUGCGUUAAAUUGCUAUUGAUUUUGGUACAGCAUUACUCGGGCUUUCACGAAGUACAGAAGGUGUUUUACUCGAGGAAGAACUUCAAAAGGCCUCACAUCCAGCAUACCAUCUAUAAGGAUUUCAAGCAAGAGGUGGCGUUUUUGGACAGUUGUUUCAAAAGUAGUAAGUAUCGUGGUUUAAACCUCUCAAAUAAGAAAAAAGAAAUAAACCGUUUGAUAAAUGCAGAGGGCAUUGGAUACUGUAUCGAUAACGGAGACGAUCGAUGGUACCUUUAUUCGCUACAUGCCGAAGAAAUCUAUAACAACAAUUUCAGCGACGAGGCAUCGGUCGACGAGCCAGAUCAGACUAUUGAAAUCCUAAUGUCUGAUUUGGAUGAAAAAGUCAUGAAUAAUUUUAGAAAAGACAAAUUCUUUACAGCUGCCGAAGUGACCAAGCAUUGCGGAAUCGAUAAGUUGAUACCAUUCAUGGAAAUAGACGAUUAUCUGUUUGAUCCUUGCGGAUAUUCGAUGAAUGGAAUUUUACAAAAUGGCUCCUAUAUGACGAUCCAUAUAACACCGGAACCCGAAUUUUCGUACGUUAGUUUCGAAACGAACGUACCUUUGUCUUCGUACGAAGAACUAAUCAGACGUGUAGUAAAAACAUUCCAACCGGGAAAGUUCAUCGUUACUUUGUUGGCAAAUCAGAAAUCGGCAGCCUCUAAAACGCCGAAAGAAUUGAAGAAUAUGUCGAAAGUUGACGACGAAUGGCGUCAAUUAACCAGCGAACUGUGCUACGUCAACAAUUACGACAUGACUGUGGCAUUUUACUCGAAAUUCCCAAGCUGAGGGUCAUGGGAGGCCCGGGGUUUCCUGGCGGUGGGAACCCGGCGCCGUAGCAGCGCAUGCCGUAGAAUUAGUUUAUUCGAUAAUGAUAGUUUUUCACGUUUAUACGAUAGUCGAUUUACUUCAGCAUAUUUCGUAUCUUUAUUGUUAACUUUAUUUAUUCAGAAAUUCGCUUUGUUUCUUUGCUUGCACUAUAUCGUACUGCACGAUGCGAAGCCGUCGUAUCAUUUCGCCUGGCGAUGGUUACGUAUAUCUUGAACUACUCGCAGCACCAGUUACGCGGCUUUCAAAUAUUUUUCAUUUGCCUGUUGAUUAUAGGAAAUUUUUUUCCAUCGUUUGGUAGGGUGGUGACGCGUAUUCGAUGAAUUUUUUUCCCCCUUUAGUUUCCUCCUUAUUAUUCAUACCUAUGAGGGUUGUACUUGUAGUACCUACGUUGUACGUGUCGUAAACGACGACUGAUUUUAUCGAUUCGAUGGUAUCUUUUUUUUUUCACUUUCGACUUUCGAGUGAUCGUACCUAUUAACAUCUGAUGUUUGAUUUUCUGAGGUUUACUUUAUCAUAAUAUGUACCAUACCUAUACAGUACUUCACAACGAGUUAUUAUUUUACGUAUUUUCGUUGUGAGAGCCACGAGAGUAUAAUAUGUUUGUAAAACGUCUUAAGUGCUUUUUUUUAAUCUUCAAUCGCCGCAACUUGAUAAAUGUCUUCUGUUAUCUUCAUACUGUUUUAUACGUUGCCGAGUGUACGUUAUGAAAUGAUCUGUAUUUUUAUUUUAGCGCAAUAAACAUAUUAUUGGAAUUGAA